AUGCUGCAGCCUGAGAGUCCCCAGGCCCCCGAGGAAGAGGCCGCCGACACCAGGACCUGGAGGACUGACUGUGUCAUCUGCUAUUCAGCCUAUGACCUGGCCGGGCACCUGCCGCGCCGCCUCUACUGCGGUCACACCUUCUGCCAGGCGUGCGUGCGGCGGCUGGACACGCCAGCCCACGAGCAGCGCUGGAUCCCCUGCCCACAGUGCCGCCAGAGCACACCCACGCCUCGGGGAGGGGUGGCCAUGCUGGACCUCGACCUGGCCGCCUUCCUGGCCGUCAAGGCAGAGCGGGAGCUGGCGCGAGGGGAGCCCUGGCUGCCUGGGCCCCUCAAAGGCGGUGCCGCCACCAUCACACAGCAGCCGGCCGGCCUCUGCCCCGACUUAGGCCCCCAGCCCCACUUCCCGAGGCCCAGAUGCUGCUGCCGCUGCUGCCGUGGUGACUGCUGUGGCCUCUGCUGGAACAUCCCGGGCAGCCUGGAGCUCUGA